CGGUAGGGGUAGAACGCGCUCGGACGACUAUUCGACAACGUGCUCGCCACAGGACAAGGGGUAUUUUGUCGAUGAAAAACGAGACCGAGCAUCUACCACUUCGACCUGAUUCUCAGAUUUGAGCGUAAUGUUGCGGACUCGUAAGAGUUUCCAUUCCAAUUAGUUUCUAGCUAUUGGCAAAGCAGGUCGUCCGCAAGCCCGACGAAACGCGAGGGAUAUAGCGUGAAGAAAAGGACGAAACGGUUUUGCAAAUGCAUUCGCGCCGAUCAUCUAGAGGCAAGUUUUUCUGGUAAAUUGCGACAUCGGUGGCAGUGGCGAUAUCUAUACUGGUGAUAGUGAUAGUGGUGAAAGUGGUGUUGGUGCUGGUGGUAGUGAUAUUAGUGUCAGUGAUAUUGACGACGGUAGUGGCGGCACGUGAACCUUUGGCGAACACGUUACAAAGAUGCGGUAAAUUUUUCCACUGCCCUUCGAGCACGCCGAACCUGCCCGAGCGUCAACUAUCCUAAACAGAAUAAGGGGAAAUAGGACCAGUAUUGAGAAAGUACACAGGCGAAUACGAAGCAUCCUAGCAUUGGAUUUGAUGCCUUGUUCGAGAAUCUCUAUUACCUACGUGAUGUCUGGAGACAUUUGCUAACCCGUGCGAUACACAGUCAGAUAACACGCGAACGAGAGGUUCGCUCGAAGGAAUGGCGGAAGGACGUCGGGGGCAAUGCUACCAAAUGUUUCACAAUGUACGCCGACCCAUGUGGAACGCUGCAACGGUGGUAUUAAGUGUGCAGUGAUCACGGGAGACCGAGGGAAGACGGGAAAGAGGGUGGUCAAUAUGACUCCUAUCUUCCUCGUCCUGUUGGCGGUUAUCGACCCGAUUAUUGCGCAGAAUGGUGGAAACAUCAGCGACUCGCAGUACAUCACAUACAUGACAAGUCCGCCGACGAUCCUGGUGAGGCCACAAUCGCAGCAGGUGAAGGCAGGAGGGAUAGCGAGCUUCUACUGCACGGCAGAAGGUGCGCCGCCACCCCAGAUCCACUGGCGGAAAAACGGAAAGAGAGUUUCCCAAUCCCAGUCACGGUACCUGGUGCACAACUAUGAAAACGGAGCCUUAUUGCGGAUCGAACCUGUCAGGCCGGUUCGCGACAACACCCUGUACGAGUGUCUAGCGGAGAACGGAGUCGGGGACGCCGUGUCAGCCGAGGCGCAGCUUAGAGUCUACGAAGCCGAGAAAUUGCCGAACGGUUUCCCGUUAAUAUCUCAAGCACCGACGACGAAGGUGGUCGAAAUGGGUCAUAACGCGGUGCUCCUCUGCACCGCUGUUGGGUCACCGCCUCCGAUCAUUUCCUGGGUACGGGACAUGCUGCCUAUCGACACGACCAAUCCACGCUACACGGUUUUGGAUACCGGAGCGCUGCAAAUCACCGCAUCCGACGUGAACGACCAAGGGAAGUACGAGUGCGUGGCGAAUAAUUCCGUCGGCACGGAGUACUCCAAGUCGGCUAUGCUCUACGUAAAAGUUCGACGAGUCGCGCCAACUUUUUCCAUUCCUCCGCCCGCCGUCAGCGAGGUAAGAUCUGGUGGAUCAUUGAAUUUGACCUGCGUCGCCGUGGGUUCUCCGAUGCCGUAUGUCAAAUGGAAGAAAGGUCCAUCCACGGAUCUCACUCCGGAUGACAAUCUGCCAGUCGGUAGAAACGUGCUGAUACUCACAAACGUGAAGGAGUCUGCCAACUACACCUGCACGGCUGCCAGCGAUCUCGGAAUCAUCGAAGUCACGACGAUGGUGAAAGUUCAAGCCUUGCCGAGUGCUCCGGAGAACGUUCAAGUGUCCGACAUCACCGCCACAUCCGUGAAGCUUACAUGGUACUACAAAAAUCCGGAGGAAGUGCAAUACUACGUGAUUCAACAUAAGCCGAAGCACGUGCAGCAAGCCGAAGCCGAAAUAUCGGGCAUCACGACCAUGUACUAUCAUGUUCGGAGUCUGAGCCCUUACACCGAGUACGAGCUUACCGUGACAGCCGUGAACGCCAUUGGGCGUGGUCCCGCGAGUGCCCCUGUGACAGUCACCACUGGAGAAACGACGGAAUCGACAAAUGGAGGUACCAAACCUGGUACUGCACCACGGAAGGUGGUCGCCCGCCCAUUGAGCUCCAGCACAAUGGUCAUACAAUGGGACGAGCCGGAAACGCCAAACGGACAAGUGACGGGAUACAAAGUAUAUUAUACGACGGAUCCGAAUCAACAAAUGGCCUCUUGGCAGUAUCAGCUGGUGGACAAUAGCCAGCUAACCACGAUCUCGGAUUUAACGCCGCACACGAUAUACAUGAUUCGAGUGCAGGCGCUGACAAGCGUUGGUCCCGGUCCACUGAGUACACCUGUUCAGAUAAAGACGCAACAAGGGGUACCGAGUCAACCGGAAAUGUUGACCGCGGUAGAUAUCGGAGAGACGAAAGUGACACUCCAGUGGAACAAACCUACUCAUAGCGCGGAGAAUAUCCUCAGCUAUGAGUUGUACUGGAACGAUACUUACGCGCAGGAGAAGCAUCAUCGAAGGAUACCAGUCACCGAGAACUACACGCUGACAGGCCUGUAUCCGAACACGCUGUAUUACGUUUGGUUGGCUGCGCGGAGUCAAAGGGGCGAAGGAGCUACAACGAUACCAUAUCCGGUUCGCACGAAACAGUACGUCCCCGGGGCUCCGCCUCGCAAUGUAAGCGGACAAGCGAUCAGCCCGACCUCCAUAUUGGUAACAUGGGAACCACCGCCUGCCGAUCGAUCGAACGGGAGGAUCGCGUACUACAAGCUGCAAGUCGUCGAGAGCGGACGCUCCGACUCGGAGGCGAAAGUUAUCAAACUGAAUGACACGCGAUUCGUGUUGGACGAACUGAAAAAAUGGACCGAGUACCGGAUUUGGGUAUUGGCCGGGACCAGCGUAGGUGACGGACCUCCGAGUUAUCCUAUCUCGGUCAGAACUCACGAGGACGUGCCGGGUCAUCCUCAAAACGUGACGGUAACACCGAUCAAUUCGACCACGAUACACGUGAAAUGGAGACCGCCGACGUCGAAAGAACAAAACGGCGUGAUAAGAGGUUAUCACAUACACGUGCAGGAAAUGAGAGAAGAGGGAAAGGAUCUGUUGAACGAGCCGAUACGACGCGACGUGCAAGAAGACGGCGUGCUGGAAGUGAACAUUACCGGGUUGCAACCUGACACCACGUACUCUGUACAAGUGGCCGCUCUAACGAGAAAAGGAGACGGUGAUCGUUCGCCGCCAGAAACUGUCAGAACUCCCGGAGGUGUACCCAAUAGACCUCAUGUUAACGUGAAACUUUUGUCCAAAGAUCCUGACGUGGUUGAACUCGAGUGGUCGCAGCCUACGCAAACGUACGGCGACGUGUUGGGAUAUAGAAUAAGAUACGGAAUUAAGAACCAAACGCUCAAGGAAGAGUACAUUCCAGGAAACCGUCAACAUACUUACAAGAUCACUGAUCUUGAGGAACGAGGGGUGGAUUACGAGUUUAGGGUGGCUGGUCAAAACGCGAUCGGAUUCGGUCAGGAGACGGUGCGAUUCUGGUACAGUCCCGAAGGAGAGCCAACUGGCCCGCCGACGAAUUUAUCCUACUUUUUCCAAACUCCGGACACAGUGUGUGUCACGUGGGAUCCGCCCCUGCGACAGCACAGAAACGGUCAGAUCACCGGUUACGAUGUUCAAUUCAACAAGAAGAACGAUCACUCUACAACCAUCAACAGGAAUACGACCAAGACGAGAGCAGUUUUCACGAAUUUGGAGGAAAAUACGGAGUACGUGUUUCACGUGAGAGCGCACACAUCCAGGGGGAGUGGGCCAUAUUCGGAAAAGAUCACGAUCAUAACGGAGAAAGAUAUUGGCCGGGCACCGAUGUCGGUAAAAGCGGUGGCCACGUCGGACACGAGCGUGGAAGUUUGGUGGGAACCGGUACCUAACCGUGGAAAGAUACUUGGAUAUCAAAUAUUCUACACAACAACCGCUGUCGAGGACCUAGACGAGUGGAAGCAAAAGACUGUCGGUCUCACCGAGUCGGCGGAACUUGUCAACUUAGAGAAAUUUACUCAGUACGCGAUCACGGUAGCAGCGAGAUAUAAGACUGGCCUUGGAAGACUCAGCGAGAAGGUAACGGUCAAGGUGAAGCCGGAAGACGUGCCUUUGGAUCUAAGGGGGCCGGACUCGUCCACGCAUUCCAUGACCCUUUCCUGGAAACCGCCUAUCAAACUGAACCCCAUGAACUACAAGGUCUCGUUCGAUGCUGUCAAAGAGUUCGUAGAUUCGCAAGGUAUCACGCAAACGCAGAUCGUGCCACGCAGACAGAUUCUCUUGGAUCCUAGCGUGACGACGACCACGAUCAACGAACUGCAACCGUUCACCACGUACAAUGUGAAUGUGAGCGCGGUGCCAAGAGAUGGUCAGUACAGGCCACCGGCUAAGAUCACCAUUACCACGCAAAUGGCAGCUCCGAAGCCUAUGGUCAAGCCUGAUUUCUAUGGCGUGGUCAACGGAGAGGAGAUUCAAGUGAUUUUGCCCCAGGCCUCCGAAGAAUAUGGAUCAAUUUCGCAUUACUAUUUGAUCGUCGUGCCCGAGGACCCGUCAACAGCGGAUAAGCAACCCGACGAAUUGACCGAGGACAUGAUCGCGGGAAAAGGGGCUAAGGAAAGGGAGAAUGCUCCUUACAUUGCUGCCAAGUUUCCACAUAGAGAUAUUCCGUAUACGUUCCAUCUUGGCAGCGGAGAUAUAUACGAGGGUUAUGAAAAUCGUAAGCUUGAGAAGAGUAAACGAUACAGGAUCUUUGUGCGUGCCGUUGUCGACACACCGAGGAAGCAUUUGUACACUUCGUCACCCUUCUCCGAGUACCUGUCUCUCGAUAUGAGAGAAGUACCCCCUGGUGAGCCACCACGACGUCCCAAUCCGAAUACCCCGGUGGAUGGAAAUCCAGAGGUAUCGGUGAAAACCAGCGGCCAAGAGCCAGGCAUGGUGUGGGUGGUCGGUCCGAUAAUAGCUGCGUUGAUGGUCAGCAUAUGUCUCGUCCUUCUCUUCGUUAUUAAAAAACGAAGACAACCCUGCAAAGCACCCGAUCAAGCAGCAGUCACCCGACCAUUAAUGGCCGCUGACAUCAGUUCGAAUCACGCUCCAUCCGAUCCAGUCGAAAUGCGCCGUUUAAAUUUCCAAACGCCUGGCAUGGCCUCUCAUCCUCCGAUUCCGAUCAGCGAACUAGGAAACCACAUCGAGCGCCUAAAAGCAAACGACAAUCUAAAGUUCAGUCAGGAGUACGAGUCGAUCGAGCCUGGACAGCAAUUCACUUGGGACCACUCCAACAUGGAAAUAAACGCUUCGAAGAAUCGUUACGCGAACGUGAUCGCCUACGAUCAUUCGAGGGUGAUUCUGCAAACUAUAGAUGGCAUGUCGGGUACAGAUUACAUAAAUGCCAAUUACUGCGAUGGAUACAGAAAGCAAAAUGCGUACGUGGCUACGCAAGGGCCUCUACAAGAGACAUUUGGAGAUUUCUGGCGAAUGUGUUGGGAAUUGAGAUCGAGCACGAUCGUGAUGAUGACAAAGCUGGAGGAACGAACGAGGAUUAAGUGCGAUCAGUAUUGGCCUGGUAGAGGUUCUGAAACUUACGGUUUGAUGACUGUGACCAUCACCGACGUUCAAGAGCUGGCUACCUACUGCAUUCGAACAUUCCAAAUAUCCAGAGCGGGUUAUUCCGAGAGACGUGAAAUAAAGCAAUUGCAAUUUACGGCCUGGCCUGAUCACGGUGUACCAGAGCAUCCUGCACCGUUCUUGCAGUUCUUGCGUAGGGUCAGAUCCCUGAAUCCACCAGAAAGCGGACCGCUGAUCGUCCAUUGUAGCGCCGGUGUUGGAAGAACGGGUUGCUUCAUCGUUAUCGACUCGAUGCUCGAAAGGAUCAAACACGAAAAGAUGAUCGACAUCUAUGGCCACGUGACUUGUCUACGAGCUCAAAGAAACUACAUGGUCCAAACCGAGGAUCAAUACAUUUUCAUCCACGACGCGCUUUACGAGGCGGUGAUCUGUGGCAACACAGAGGUGCCUGCCAGAAACUUACAUUCCCACAUCCAGAAGCUGAUGCAGCCAGAGAUCGACAAUAUCACUGGUAUGGAACUGGAAUUCAAGAAACUGUCCAACAUCAAAGUGGAUUCGUCGCGAUUCAUCUCGGCGAACCUUCCCUGCAACAAACAUAAAAAUCGCUUGGUGCACAUAUUGCCCUACGAGUGUACCAGAGUAUGCCUGCAGCCACAACGCAACAUCGAAGGAUCGGAUUAUAUUAACGCCAGUCUCAUCGAUGGAUAUCGAUACCGUGGUGCUUAUAUCGCCACUCAAGGACCCCUCUGCGACACCACAGAUGAUUUCUGGCGUAUGCUGUGGGAGCAUAAUUCUACAAUCGUGGUCAUGUUAACGAAAUUAAAAGAGAUGGGUAGAGAGAAAUGCCAUCAGUACUGGCCGUCCGAUAGGUCAAUUCGUUAUCAAUGCUUUGUGGUUGAUCCCAUCGCGGAGUACAACAUGCCACAGUACAUUUUGCGAGAAUUCAAAGUGACGGAUGCGAGAGACGGAGCGAGUCGUACAGUCAGACAGUUCCAGUUCAUCGAUUGGCCUGAACAGGGUGUUCCAAAGUCCGGCGAUGGGUUCAUCGACUUUAUUGGACAGGUGCACAAAACGAAAGAACAGUUUGGCCAAGAUGGACCGAUAACUGUACAUUGUAGCGCCGGAGUUGGGAGAACAGGCGUUUUCAUCACCCUGAGCAUUGUAUUGGAACGUAUGCAGUAUGAGGGAGUCGUUGACAUCUUCCAAACGGUCAGAAUAUUGCGCACGCAACGACCUGCUAUGGUUCAAACCGAGGACCAAUACCAGUUUUGCUAUCGCGCCAGUUUGGAAUAUUUGGGUUCUUUCGAUCAUUACGCCAACUGACAAGCCGACACUCGCGAGGAAAGAGAAUCGACGAGAGAAAGAAGAGAUCGACAAAGAAACGAAAGAGAGGUCGGUGAACGAGCAAAAGUGCGACGCGUCUAGUACGAUGAAAUAGACGAAAAAUGUGUAAGUUUGUAAGUAUGUAGCCUGUAUCAUGUUCCCGGGCAAAGCGUACCAUACUUGUACCUUCCAAUGACAAAUACAGUAGAAAGGCGAUAAAUUAUUAACCUCUCGAUCAACUAACUACGGUAGCAACCAAGUAUCUUACAGUCAAUGGUGUCGCAACAGUCUCAAGAUAAGCGGAAAAGUUCCACUUUUUAUGGGCACCGUAUGUGCUGAAACAAUUUUCAAAUUCCCCGACAACAAAAACGGGACAAUACUGCCGUUUAGAAUGUACGGCUUAAAAGCUCGCUGUAAAACAAUCAUAUCUGUAGAAAUAUUCUUUACCAUCAUAUCAAAAUUUCCUUUUAUAAUUCGAAAAAAAGAGGACACACACACAAAUACACAGGAUGACAUGCAGACGAACAAGAAUACGCGAGAAACGAGAAAACUUGGACGUUUUCGAGCUAGAAAUCGAAGAAAUCAAGCGGGAAGCGAUUGACAAGCGAGAGGAAAUAGUACGAGGAAAUCGUAGUCGACAAUUGAAACGAUCACUGAAACAUAUCCAACUCGAGGAGAAUUUGUGAGACACGUUCCGAUUACACGUCUCCCGAAUCGCUCGAAAAUGACGGCUGCUUUACAUAAUGUAAGAAUAACGAAGAAACUGACGAGAUUUAUUAUUUUACGAUCAUGUAACUCGCGAUCCAAACGUCAGCGUACAUGAUAUUUCGUUCUAUGCUGAAACUUUCCUAUUCGUUGGAGAAGAACAGUGCUUCCAUAUUAGUGGGGAACGUAAUGAAACCUCCGAGGCGAGCUACUACAAGUGCGAAACAUGCCGCGUCAGAAGAAAAAAAGAAAAGCUACGAAGAAAGCGCGCGUUUCGUAAAGUACUUAUCGAUGCGACACGGAAGAUAUCGAGAAAUCAGAAAGAGAGAGAGGGAGAGAGAGAGAGGGAGAGGGUGAAACUGCAAGUAUCUCGAUCAUAAAAGGAGGAGAAAUCACAGAGAGACAUAAAUUUCCGCUCAGCGAAGAGAAAAUUACCAUACUGCCAAAUCGACAAUUAUUCAUGCUGAACCCAUUACGCACGAUAGGGAUCUUCUCAUUACCUACUGUAAUUUUAAGUAGAUCGUAAGGCGAUUAUUCUAAGAUUAGUCUGUAAGCGAUGCCAUUAGAAGAAGAAGAAGAAAAAAAAAAAGAAAA